AUUACGGUUUUUUUCUCGCUGACAAAGGCAAAUGAAGCCAUGUUUUUGCUUACAAACAAGUAGCAUCUGAGCGCGUUGAUCCGGAGCCGUGCACCGGCGCGCUGGGUGGGAGAGGCCGCGCGGAACAGCCUUCGCUCUCGCGCUUCUAAUUGAUCAGAUGUGGACAUUUGUAACGGGAUAGAUGAUCGUUUUUAAGACCUUUACUCGGGAUAUAUCUUUUUAGCAAACUACUUGACAGCGACACCACAACUCUCCAAACGCAGCGAGGACGCAGCGCCGCAGCCCGGAGGACAGAUUGUUGAAUAAAGAGAAUGAGUUCCGGGGCGAGCUGGUGAACCAGCGGUGGACACGAGGCGAGAGGACCAGCCCCCGCUGCCAGGCCUCCCAGAGACUGCAGAGCCGUCAACCAAUCAUGAUGAGUGUAGAGGGUGAUGCCAAGCGAACUCGCACUCGGUCCAAGGGAAUCAGAGUUCCUAUUGAGCUCGUAGGACAAGAGCUGAGCUGCCCCACCCCUGGAUGCAAUGGCUCUGGCCAUAUCAGUGGGAGAUACUCACGACACAGAAGCAUUCUGGGAUGCCCUAUAGCCAGGAAGCGGCGUCUAGAGGAAGCAGCGGCCGAGCAGGAGCAAGACGCAGAGCGGCCCACCUCCAAGAGGAAGUCUCCCCCCCUGAGAUUGGCCCUGGACGAGGGGUUCAGCGCAGAGAGCGAUGCCAGCAGCGAGGCUGAGGGCGAGGGAGAGAAGAAUGGAGAGACAGCAGGAGAGACCAAGGAGGUGGAUGAGGAGACAGAGCAGAUGACAGAAGACCCUUCGCAGGAUGGAGAGACAAAUAGACAGGAGAAUGGGACACAGAUGGAGGAGCAAGAGGACAGGGAACAAGAAGAAGUAUGUCAGAAGGAGGAGAACUCAUUUGCUGCAGAUGAAGACGAGGAGUGUGUGAUCAUCGAGCCGGAGCUCAGAACAGCGCCGCCUGCAACCCAGAAGUGCCAGGCGGCCACUCAGAGCGCAGAGGAGGUGGCCAACUCUCUCCUCCACCUCAGCCGCGUCCCUGACAACAAUGCUCCCAUCGCGGCCAUUCAUCAGCCCGUUGCCGUGGAUACUGAGGAGGACGUCACUGUGGCAGCCAAAUGGGGGGAAGACGUAAAGGAUGAGCAGGAGGGGGGCAUGACUGAGGGACAAGAGGAAGAGGAAGAGGUGGCUCGUGAGGUUCAAGCAUUAGAGGAGGCAGCUGAAGUGGAGGAGGAGGUAGAAGAUGGGAAAGCAGAGUGGCCAGACAGUAGCAACCACGUGAUCCAAGAGAACCACCAACAUGUGGCCCAGGAUGGCAAAGGUCACGAGGAGGAGGAAGAGGAGGAAGAGAUGGCAGUGCCUUCAGUUGAAGAAGAGAAGGAGGAGGAGAGACAUGAAGAGGUGAGCCACAUCCUGCCCAAUUUUGAUGUGCCAACCGCCAUCCGCAACUUCACCAGCACUGCAACAGCUCAGGGAACACACAUCAAGGCCGAAGACCUAAAGGCCAGUCCUCUGGAGGACUACAACUCACCCAGGGCCAGUCCCUGUGAAAACUACAACAGUAACAGGGCUGCUCCUCUAGACAAAUAUGACUUUAAUAAACCUGGCCUCCUUCAAAACUACAAGGCCAGCCCUCCUUUGAGCUACGGCUUGCACAGAAUCAGUCCUUUAGAAGACUAUUUCCCCAACCUCAGGGGUGAGAACUAUAAGAUGCACAAAGCCACGUCCUCCACCUCUCCCGACAUUAUCGAAGUGCGAUCAGAUCGGUCGGAGGAGGAGAGAGACUUUGAUGACGUGGAUGGGGAUGACGAGCGCGAUGAUGAAGACAGCCUGUCGCAGCGCUCCACGGUGACGGACGAGUCAGAGAUGUUUGACAUAACACGAGGAAAUCUGGGCCUGCUGGAGCAAGCCAUCGCCCUGAAGGCGGAGCAGGUGAAGCCGGCUGGGCCCAGGGAGCUGCUCCGCGCCCCAGAUAUCCACCAGCAGCGAUACUUCACCAUGGAUGACAGGCCCAAGCACCUGGACGUCAUCCGCAAGAGCUACUUCAGCAAAGAGAGCAGUAGGCCAGAGAAGAGGGAGAUCAAGUGUCCCACCCCGGGGUGUGAUGGGACGGGUCACGUGACCGGUCUUUACCCCCACCACCGCAGCUUGUCCGGCUGUCCGCACAAGGACAGGAUCCCCCCGGAGAUUCUGGCCAUGCAUGAGAAUGUGCUGAAGUGUCCGACCCCUGGCUGCACUGGUCAGGGUCACGUAAACAGCAACCGUAACACACACCGCAGUCUUUCUGGAUGCCCCAUUGCUGCUGCAGAGAAGCUGUCUAAGGGCCUUGAUAAGCAGCAUCUCUCUCAGCCCGGCAGUGAGCCCCUCAAAGGGGGGCUCAACGACAGAGUGCUGAGGCCCAUGUGCUUUGUGAAGCAGCUGGAGGUGCCACAGUACGGCAGCUACAGGCCCAACAUGGCGCCUGCCACGCCUCGUGCCAACUUGGCCAAGGAGCUGGAGAAGUACUCCAAGGUGUCCUUCGAUUAUGCAAGCUUCGACGCUCAGGUGUUCGGGAAGCGCAUGCUUGCUCCAAAGAUGCCCACCAGCGAAACGCCACCCAAAGCCUUCAAAACAAAGCCCUCGUUUCCCAAGUCUGUGUCACCGAGCCUCGGUCUCCCGGGUUACGGGAAGAGCUCCUCCUUGGCCUACGACUAUUCCCAUGAUGCCGAGGCCGCUCACAUGGCCGCCACUGCCAUCCUGAACCUGUCUACACGCUGCUGGGAGAAACCUGAGAACCUCAGCACCAAACCCCCCACUAAGGAACUGGCCAUUGAGGUGGAUGAGAAUGGCACCUUGGACCUGAGUAUGAAGAAGCCCAUCAAGCGAGAAGGCAGCUUGUCCGGCGCCAGCCCUGGGGUUAGGUCCCCUGACCCCUCCUCCUCCUCUUCCUCACUCCAUCACGGGAUGACAUCGCCACACCUGCACACCUACAAGCAGGAGGAGUGGGAGGGCCCCCUGGAUUACACCAAAUCCAACCGCCAGAGGGAGGAGGAAGCGGACGAGAUGGAACACACAUGCCAUUCGUUUGCCUCGUCUGACGCGGAGGACUGUGACAUGAUGCAGGACUCUUUGGAAGAGAGGAAGUACCCAGGAGAGGUCACGACCCCCAGCUUUAAGGUCAAGUUCCAGCCCAAGGAUAGCAAGAAGGAACUGCUCUCGUGCCCCACACCUGGCUGCGACGGCAGUGGUCACAUCACUGGAAACUAUGCGUCCCAUCGCAGUCUGUCGGGGUGUCCUCUCGCUGAUAAGAGCCUUCGGUCCCUCAUGGCAGCCCACACCCCUGAACUUAAAUGCCCCACUCCAGGGUGUGACGGCUCAGGUCACAUUACAGGAAACUACACCUCCCACAGAAGUAUCUCUGGGUGCCCGCGUGCCAAGAAAAGUGGAAUUAAAACUCCUACCAAGGACAACCAGGAGGACUCCGAGCUUUUAAAAUGCCCCGUGCCUGGCUGUGACAGUCUGGGUCACAUCAGUGGCAAAUACGCCACCCACCGCAGCGCCUACGGCUGCCCGCUGGCGGCCCGCAGACAGAAGGAGGGCCUCCUGAACGGCACCCCCUUCAACUGGAAGGCCUUCAAGACCGAGGGGCCCACUUGCCCGACCCCAGGUUGUGACGGUUCCGGACACGCCAACGGAAGCUUCCUCACACACCGCAGCCUGUCAGGAUGCCCCAGAGCCUUGUUCGCCAAGAAGAAGGCGAAGUUCCCCACAGAGGACUACCUGAGCACCAAGUUCAGAGCCAGUGAUGUUUUGGACAACGAUGAAGAUAUUAAGCAGCUCAACAAAGAGAUCAACGACCUGAAUGAAUCCAACAAUGAAAUGGAGGCGGACAUGGUCAACCUGCAGACUCAGAUCUCCUCCAUGGAGAUGAACCUGAAGAGCAUCGAGCACGAGAACAAGAUGAUCGAGGAGCAGAACGAGGCUCUGUUCGUGGAGCUGUCCGGCCUGAGCCGCGCGCUGAUCCGCAGCCUGGCUAACAUCAGCCUGCCACACAUGCAGGAGCCAAUCACGGAGCAGAACUUCGACAGCUAUGUGAGCACCCUGACCCACAUGUACACCAACAAGGACUGCUUCCAGAGCCCCGAGAACAAAGCUCUGCUGGAGACCAUCAACAAAGCUGUGAAGGGCAUCAAAGUGUGAGGCUGGACAGGCUCGCGCACAACACGUCCUGAAGCGCGGCGGCGAGAAGGACGGGGAGCUGCAGCAGACGUUGAAACACUCUUCGAUAUGUUGGAAUAUGAUUCAAAAACAGAUAAGGGAAUUCAGGUAUUUUAAAUAAACGGCGACUUAAAAAAGAAAUGGACCCAGGGAGCACUCGGCCACAAGAGAAGUGACGCGGACCAAAAUACCCAGCAUGCUGCUGGGAGCGGGACCCUUCAGACGAGGACUGAUGCCAGGGACAGUGUGGGGGGGGUUGAUGUGCUCUAUGUUUACCUGUUGUCUCUUUUGUUUCUGGCUUCACAUCGACUGGAACACAGGCUCGCUUAAAGCAUCUCGGAGACACGAGGGGGACAAAGACGAGGGGGACAAAGACGAGGGGGAAAAAGACAAGUUGGACGUGCUGCCCUGUAGCAGCAGUGUGUGUGUGUGUGUGUGUGUGUGCUCUGUGAUUCAUGACCGUACACACGGCGCCGUACACUCUUUGUGUUUGCUUUGUGGUAUUACUGCAGCAAAGGUGUCAACAGUGCAAUGUUGACUCACUCCGUUGGGGGGGGGGGGGAGUCCUAAGACAGGUCCAGGGACACGGCCGGUUGUUUAUUUUCACGGGACAGCUGAUGUGAGGAUUAUCAAAAGCAGCAGAUAAAUCCGUUAAUUCCUUUUUUUAUUUUUUUACCUGAGAUAAUAGUAAUAUUGUGCACACUGCUCAAAUUCAGUUAGUCAUAUCAAUAGUAUUUAUCAUCAUAGGAGUUGCACUUCAUUUUAAUGAAUAGUUCUGUGGUACCAUAAUUAAUGUCAUAUAUGAAUUAUUUAAACUCUUAAAUUGUAACUUAUUGACAUUUAUGCUAUUGAGGUUUAUUUAUUUGAAGCAAUCUAUUUAUUAACUUUGUUUUGUAAUGCACGCACACACACACACACACACACACACAGCAUCAUCCUUACUGAUUAUCAUGGUCAACACAAUUUGCAGAUGUCUUUCGUCAAUAUUUUAAGAAUCUAUAUAGAUAACUGACGUGGCAUAUUUUGUUUUGAGUACUUUUUCAAAGCCUUUUUAAGUGCAGAUGUUUUAUAACUGACCAUGUCUUUUGAUAAUUUUACACAGAAAAGGUUAUCUUUUGGUGUUGUCCUUGUUUUUCUUCUUUUUGUUACUGCUACAUUCAGAAACCCUAUGCAGGGUGAAAAAAGAAAGUAUGUAUUUGUUAUUUAUUUAAUAUGAAAGAAAUUGUCUGACGUGGCUGUAUAUUUAUUUUGUUAUUUAUUUGCGUGAUGUGACGGUUGAGUCCGAGUAGUCUUAAAGAUCCACUGCUAAUAUUUAAAUAAAGAAAACGACAUCAAUACAAACACUGUUUGAUUAUACUUUUACAAAGCAGCAGCUGAUUGUAAAGACAAAAAGAGAGCCCAACAGAAGCAAUCCCCGUGUAGUUGCUGUGUGCUCCGUGUGUGUUUGCUUUUGUCAGGUAAAAGCAAACCAGGAACAGUUCCUGAAAUCGUUACCUCUCCCGAGCGCUUUGUAGCGGCUCAGGCCGACCCCCCCGUGGUGCACGCUUUGGAUUCUUUUGAGUUAUUGCCAUCAGCCCAAUGGUACAUACAGGAUAUCCAGAUGUGUUCCAGCUGUGGUUCAGGCUGGAUAAAACACCCACACGAGGAGGAUACUGUAGGAUGGCCUCCUUUGACAAACUUCUGUCAGAUACACAGAGACACCCUUGUAGCCUUACUCUAGAUUUUCAUUUUUAGAUGCACAAAGUGCCACUGAGAAGAAAAGAGGGGAAAAACUGUUCUUUGCUGAUUCUGUGAUGAUGUCUGGUCCGGUAGAGACCACGGCAUCCAGAGAGCGCUGAUUGUUUCAGAUGCCUUUGUUUCUCUGCCAAGAUGGCCAUUAGAACACUUGAUAUAUACAUUCUGUAUAAAUAGAUUUUAAAGAUGCUAUAUAUAUGAAUAUGAACAUACAUAUAUUUUUCCAGUGUAAUUGUCGACUUGCUCUUUUUCUUCUCUUGUAUUACGUUACCAGAGGAUCACUGGCUGUCUAGAAGAGAUGGAAGGGCAGUUACAACUUACUUCAUAGCAUUACGACCUGCUCAACUGUGGCUUUAAACACACCAGUCCCUCCAACGGAAGGUUAAUUAAGCGUCACUGAUGAUACCGUACAGUACUUUGGAACUGUUUUCAAAGGUUUCCUUUUAUUUUCUCAUUUCCUGUAUUUGUUUGUCCUUGAUCCUGAAAUGUCAAAGCAAAAACAUCUACUGUAUGUUGUACUACUGAAUCUAAAAAAUAACUAGGUGGUUGGUUCCUAAGUGUCAUGUAACUUCAUGUAUAUUUAAAAAAAAAGGUGAUGCCUCUGAAUAAUGUUCUGCACAUAGUGUUUGCCGACAUUGUGCAGUUAUUGUAUUGUUACUAGUCUUCUCUCUGAUGUUGAAACAAGCAGGUAGGAGACCUGUAGUGUGACCUGCCUUUGAGUGAUUCCUUGCAGCUACUGUGGUGUAACAGUGUGACCCCCAUGUGUAGCUGUGAUGUCAAAGGCAUGUUGUUUAUGUGCUCUUAGCCAAUGUAGAAUGACACUACUUUCUGCACUUUCUGAAUAACUGUUAAAAUGCCAGCAUUUGAGUCCUGACUUGUAAGCACCCUGAUAGAUCAAUUCAAGUAUUCCACCAAAGUCUUUGCGAUGCAAAGCGCUGUCACACCUGUGUGUUGCUGAUCCCAUAGAAAACAAGCCGACGUACCGCCCUGUGCCUGUCGGCACUCCGAAAUGUAUUUUGAAAAGAGAAACGCUACUUUCUUUUCCAAACAAAAACCAAAAGAGAUUGACAGGAAGCUGAGUUUGUUUCUCAGGUGAGCUGCCUCUAGAGGCUAAAGGCUAGACGCUGGAGGCUAAAGGCUGAAGGCUAGUCACUGGAUGCUGGAGGCUAGAGGCUAAAGGCUGGAUACUGGAGGCUAAAGGCCAGUCGCUGGAUGCUGGAGGCUAGAGGCUAAAGGCUGGAUACUGGAGGCUAGAGGCUAAAGGCUAGUCGCUGGAUGCUGGAGGCUAGAGGCUAAAGGCUGGAUACUGGAGGCUAGAGGCUAGAGGCUAAAGGCUAGUCGCUGGAUGCUGGAGGCUAGAGGCUAAAGGCUAGUCGCUGGAUGCUGGAGGCUAGAGGCUAAAGGCUAGUCGCUGGAUGCUGGAGGCUAGAGGCUAAAGGCUAGACGCUAGAUGCUGGAGGCUAGAGGCUGAAUGGGGGCCUCCUGUGAAAUGAGAUGAGCGUGUGGGAGUAGGAAAUUGAUUUGCCAGGCUACACAAUCUCCCCUUUGUUUUAGGAGGAGGCGUUAGAUAUGUGUCCAUCAGUCAAAAGAAUGUUUUAAUGACUUUAAAACCCUCUCCCUCCCUGAUGUCUUGUGUAACCUUUCCUCAGAGAUCAUUUUUGAUGCAUUUGAUUCACAAAGAAGCAUAUUCUUCCUCUCUUGAAUUGCACGAUAAUACUACCCAAGAGUGUUAAGACUGUGAAUAUUCUCCUAACUUAUUUGACAUAUGGCAUGAACCCUUUUAAACUGCUUGAUGAAACUGUCUACUGAGGUAUGUAAAUGAAUAACACUGAGGCCAUGAAAGCAUUGCAUUAUCAAAAAAGAAAAGAGUGCAGCCUCCAGUCGGUUCCUCGCCCACACGCCGUAUGUUUUCUUAUUUACACGGAAGUGAUGAGUGAUAAUAUUCCAAAUAGUAAAAACACAGUUUCCCUGAAGCCCCGGGUACAAAAAGGAGAUAAACAAGUUAACACUUUCAGGGAAACCAGCCCAGACCAAAAUUCAACUGUGUGUUUAGGGGUGGCUUUCGGGGGGGGUCAGCACAUCUUUGCAUGUUACAUACAGAUCUGUGGCACACACCUCGUAGGAAACAACUAAUAAGAUGAUGUAAGAAUGUCUAGCUGAGUGGCACUUUUCCUCAAGCUGAGCAAAACCAAAAGCAAUGCCCCCCCCCCCCC